UUGCAAUAUUUGUUACAGUAUCCUAGGCCAGAGAGGGAUGAAGCAGCGCUCUAUGAUCUUGGAUUGAAGCCACAGGACCACACGGAGGAGUUAGGUCAAUAAUCUUGUCUAAGGCUGACCCGAGGCAUCUCAAAGAGUCUAAAUAUAAAAUGGAUCUUCUCAGUUGUUUCGGCUGUUGCGCAUGGACGGAGGAAAAUGAUGAGACCAAUGAGUUCGGCAUACUGGAUGGAGCAGGAGACAUCAGGGGCAAUUUCAGUGAGUUAGUGCUAGGAUCGAAUCGUAGGCCUACGCCAAGACAUGUAACCGGAUCGGUCAGUGUGUGUGGAUGUGACCAAACGGGAUAUGAGGUGGACGUGAUCGACUGGGAGGAAACCCAAAGUGAGAGGAGCUUUCAAAACAAAUUGGCCCUGGCUAGACAAGGAGUCAUUGCUUUACGUUCUCAGUCUGCGGAAGAAAAAACAACAGAUGAUGUUUCAUCCACAAAGAUUCGACAGCAGCUGGCCAACAUAGACAAAGUGGAAGACAUGAUAAACGGUCAGAUUAAGAAAGCAGCUGUUAUGCGUGAACAAAUGCAGCUAACGAAGGCCAGAUUGAAGCAGUGGCAAGAUCAAACACAAGAGGGUCAGAACGGUAGCAGGCCUGAUGGCGCAGAGGAAACUAGGAAAGAGCACGAAACUCGUGGUGAAAGAGAUCGAGUGGGAUCUUGAUAAAAUGGAAGAGAAGUUGCAUGCUGACAAAAGAAGACUCGAUGAAAUGCGAGUUGAGAAACAAUACCAGGCAGUGGAAUUGAGUUUGGCCCAAGCACAAAGUGCAUUUACCAACAUUCUUACCUAGUUUCUCUUACCUUUUACCCUUUCUUUUUCAAAUAAAUAAGGUAUUUUUUUUGCCGAGUUUCAAUUGCA